GAAGUCUAAAUAAACAGAACGGGAGCAUGACAAUUAGCCUAGGUAUUCAGCAAGCACUUGAUCGUUUCAAAAGACAUCACAAUACUUUGGCACUUCAAGAACCCAUCCUGCGAGCCGAUCCACAUUGCACGAAAGGUCAAACUGAUCGGUACAAGCAUACAAAACAAAUCGCAUGAAUUCUUUUCAGUUGUCCCAAGAAUGACUUAAAAGCAGCGCGGUUCGAAAACGUGAGCUCAUAAUUCUCUGCACAUCAACCGUGUUCGCUGCGAACUAAAGCAAGACGUUUGAUCAAAACUGAAAAUAUUGAACUUCAAAGCUAGCCGUGCUACUAUGACAACAUCGCUGAAGAUCCUGCUUCCGUAUUAUACUGCAUCGUGCCUACUUCUUAUCGCUUUUGGUCUUUUCAAACUUUUGUAUUUCCUUCCCUUUGCUCACAGCUUAAUCGAAGUUAUGAUUAGCAAACUUUCCACCAUCGACAUGAAAAAAGAAGAUUACUGGAAGGGGCUUUUUGGUUGGAAGAUGUACAGUACUUAUCAGAAAGUAGUGCUACGAGAACUACAAAGAGAAGCUUACUUAAACAGACAGACCCCCAACCCAUUACUCACCUCCGUUGACGGAAACACGACUCAUCGCCUCCUCGAUAUGGCACGCGGCAGCCGUCCACUAGUCGUUAACUUCGGCAGUUGCACGUGUCCAGUAUUCAUGGAAAGACUGCAGCAAUUUGGAGAGAUCGUCGAGGAGUUCAGCCCCAUUGCAGACUUCUUAACAGUUUACAUAGAAGAAGCACACCCGACAGAUGAAUGGAAACUUAAGAACACGCCAGAGAUUCCUCAACACAAGACCCAAGAAGAACGUUGCUCGGCGGCGCAGUUGCUCCUCAGUUUAAGAAAGCUCAACUCUCCGCUGCUGUUGGACAGCAUCGAUGACAACGCGAGCAAGGCAUUUGCAGCGACGCCUAUUCGCCUAUUUAUCAUCCAGGAUAAGAUAGUUCGAUACAUCGGGGGUGUUGGACCAACUUUUUACAACAUUCAAGAUGUCAAAAAAUGGCUUGAGAAUAAUGUUCACAAAGAUCUUAACAAUAACGAUUCUCUAGAUGGCAAGUGUCCCUAGGUAUUUUCCAUUUAUUUACAUCCAUCUUGCUUCGUCCGGUCUUCAGUGUCAAGAUGGUCGCAACCAUUUCUUCAAUGGACAAAGUUCAGACAGAUGUAGAAAAUACAAAAACCAUAAUAUACAACUUGGUGCAGUCGCAUUAUCCACAAACUAAUUACCAUUCUAAGAUGAAAUGAGACAGCGUUAUCAUUGGGAAAAAAAGGAAAAUUUUUCUUUCAAUCCAGUAUUCUUGUAACAGAAACGAAGGUUUGUAGCUAAAACAAUGGCAAAAUGUAAACAGUAAAAUGAUUUGAGGACGUUUGCGUCGCCAUUUUAGUGUUCUUAUUUUAGAAUUUAGCGUUGAUUGGUGCCCUUAGGAUGUUUCUGUUCGCCCCUUGCCAGCAAGCUUCAUUGUGUUUUAUGUAAACAAUAACAACUAUUAAAAUCAAAGUCGCCACUGAAUAAACAAUUAAACGUUAUAUAUAUACACGCGUGUGAAGCUAUGUUCUUCAAGCUUUCACUUUAUAAUCAUGGAAUAUAGUCAGUCUUUACAACCUUAAACAUAUAUGUAUGGAAAUGUCAAAUUUUCUUGGAAAUAUAUGCAAACUAUAUCUGAGUCCUCUAUCUUUAGUAUUGCAUCUUAAGCACAACUUAGACAGCUGUCAUGAGAUAAGAGGACAAUUACGUUUUUAUAAUUGCCACUAUUGCUUUAAUCGCAAAGGCUUCUAUUUAUAGCAACACCAUAUAUGGAACGAUUAAUACCUCGUAGCAAUAACAACGACAUAUCUAUACAUCUCAUAAAAUUCUGUGUGGAGUACGAGUGUUUCUUGUGAUUUAGCCAUGCUAGGUAUUACACCAGCCCGGCAAUGAUCAGUAGUUGUAUUCAGUGUGUCCGGCUGCGCUGUCGAUCGAUUUCAUACCAUGCAAAACUGUUCUUAAAAAGAAGAAUAUUCUUGAUUUUCAUUUUAUGCAUCAACUUUGGUAUUAAAUGCAAAAGAUUGACAUGA